GUAACCCCAGUGGCAGGACCACCACAUGGGGGCACCAGAGUGACCAUCCGUGGUGUGAACCUGGGCCUGUCCUUCCCAGACAUGGUCAACAACGUGCAGGUAGCAGGAGUCCAAUGCACCCCGCAGGAGAACGGCUACAUCAUCGCUGAACAGAUUGUAUGCGAGAUGGAUGCAGCUCCUGCGGACAGUAAGCCCGGCCCAGUCCAUUUGUGCGUAGGGGAGUGUAAACCGGAGCUCCAGACCCGCUCUUCUCAGCACUAUUCCUUUGUGAUGCCAUCAGUCACGGGUUUGUCCCCCAGUCGGGGUCCAGAGUCUGGGGGAACUAAAGUGACCAUAAUGGGGGAAAACCUGGGGGCAGGCAGCAGCGUCACUGUGCUUUUUGGGAACCAGACCUGCGAGUUUUAUGAAAGAUCUAUGACGGAGAUUGUGUGUUACUCCGCCCCUUCUCUGACGGGAGUAGGGCCGGUUCAGAUCAGCGUGAGUGUGGAUCGCGCCCAGGUCCGAGAGAGCCUGACUUUUGAGUAUAUAGACGACCCCACCGUUCAGCGCGUUGAACCGGAAUGGAGCAUUGCCAGCGGACACACGCCUCUGGUGGUGACCGGGACGAACUUGGAUGUCAUUCAGGAGCCAAGGAUUCGGAUCAAGUAUGGCGGGCGGGAAUCCGUAAAUGUCUGUAAGAUUCUGAACACCACGACUAUGAGCUGUUUCGCUCCGUCGCUGACAGCCGAGUACAGGCCGGGUUUGGACUCGGUCAAGCACGCAGACGAGUUUGGUUUCAUCUUCAAUAAUGUGCAGGCUCUUCUAGUGUACAACAACACUAACUUCAUGUACUACCCCAACCCUUACUUUGAGCCUCUCAGCACCAAUGGCAUACUGGAACAGAAACCUGGCUCACCUAUCAUUUUAAAGGGUAAGAAUCUGGUUCCCUUGGCCUCUGGAGUGAAGCUUAAUUACACCGUUCUGAUAGGAGAGACUCCCUGUUCUGUCACCGUAUCUGAGUCUCAACUGCUGUGCGAGCCACCUAAUCUCACCGGCCAGUACAAAAUCAUGGUGCAGGUCGGUGGUCUGCAUGUGUCCCCCGGUUCAGUAAACAUUCUUUCUGACAGCCUCCUGACUCUUCCUGCCAUUGUCAGCAUCGCUGCCGGUGGCGGACUGCUUCUCAUCAUCGUCAUCCUCGUGCUUAUUGCCUACAAGCGUAAAUCCCGCGAGAACGACCUCACACUCAAGCGACUCCAGAUGCAAAUGGACAACCUGGAGUCCAGGGUCGCGCUGGAGUGCAAGGAAGCUUUUGCAGAACUGCAGACCGAUAUCAAUGAGUUGACGAGUGAUCUGGACCGGGCUGGUAUUCCCUAUCUGGAUUACCGCACCUAUGCCAUGAGAGUGCUAUUCCCUGGCAUCGAGGACCAUCCUGUGCUCAGAGAGCUGGAGGUCUCUGGUAAUGGGCAGCUAUGUGUUGAAAAAGCUCUGAAGCUGUUUGGCCAGCUGAUAAACAACAAGGUGUUUUUGUUGACGUUCAUCCGUACGCUGGAAAUGCAGCGCUCCUUCUCCAUGCGCGACCGUGGCAAUGUGGCGUCGCUCAUAAUGACGGCUCUCCAGGGUCGACUGGAAUACGCCACAGAUGUGCUCAAACACCUGCUCUCCGACCUCAUCGACAAGAACCUGGAGAGCAAGAACCACCCCAAACUACUACUCAGGAGGACGGAGUCUGUAGCUGAGAAGAUGCUAACCAACUGGUUUGCUUUCCUGCUUCAUAAGUUCCUGAAGGAGUGUGCAGGCGAGCCUCUCUUCAUGCUGUACUGUGCUAUAAAACAGCAGAUGGAAAAAGGUCCUAUAGACGCCAUCACCGGAGAGGCCCGAUACUCCCUCAGCGAAGACAAACUCAUCCGGCAACAGAUCGACUACAAGACGCUGAUCUUAAACUGCGUCAACCCAGAGAAUGAGAACAGCCCAGAGAUCCCGGUCAAGGUUCUGAACUGUGACACCAUCACGCAGGUCAAAGAAAAAAUCCUGGAUGCCGUGUAUAAGAACAUGCCGUAUUCACAGAGACCCAAAGCUGUGGACAUGGACCUGGAGUGGCGUCAGGGACGAAUGGCCCGAGUGGUCCUGCAGGAUGAAGACAUCACCACUAAGAUUGAAAAUGAUUGGAAGAGACUCAACACUCUCAUGCACUAUCAGGUAUCAGACCGCUGUGUGGUUGCUUUGGUGCCCAAGCAGACGUCCUCCUACAACAUUCCUCCCACAACUAGCAUCUCUCGGACUUCUAUCAGUAGAUAUGACUCAACAUUCCGGUACACCGGAAGUCCGGACAGCCUGCGUUCUCGUGCUCCUAUGAUCACCCCGGACCUAGAGAGCGGAGUCAAAGUCUGGCACCUGGUGAAGAACCAUGAGCACGGAGACCAAAAGGAGGGCGACCGCGGCAGCAAGAUGGUAUCUGAGAUCUACCUCACCCGCCUGCUGGCUACUAAGGGUACGCUGCAGAAAUUUGUGGAUGACCUGUUCGAGACUCUUUUCAGUACAGUGCACAGAGGCAGCGCGCUUCCUUUAGCUAUCAAAUACAUGUUCGACUUCCUGGAUGAACAAGCGGACAAGCACAGCAUCCAUGACACUGAUGUUCGCCACACCUGGAAAAGCAACUGCCUUCCUCUGCGCUUCUGGGUGAAUGUGAUCAAGAAUCCCCAGUUUGUUUUUGACAUCCAUAAGAGCAGCAUCACGGAUGCGUGUCUGUCUGUGGUGGCUCAAACCUUCAUGGACUCGUGUUCCACAUCUGAACACAGAUUGGGCAAAGACUCGCCCUCUAAUAAGCUGCUUUAUGCUAAAGAUAUCCCCAACUACAAGAACUGGGUAGAAAGGUACUACGCUGACAUCAGCAGGCUGCCAGCCAUCUCCGAUCAGGACAUGAAUGCGUAUUUGGCAGAACAGGCACGACUUCACUCCAAUGAGUUUAACAUGCUCAGUGCCCUCAACGAGAUUUACUCCUACAUUAGCAAGUACAGCGAAGAGAUCACUGUUGCACUGGAACAGGACGAGACGGCAAAGAAACAGCGACUGGCCUACAAAGUGGAGCAGCUCAUCGCCGCCAUGUCGCUGGAGAGCUGAGAGAAUGACAGAGCUGGAACGAAGGACGAAAGACUCAGUCAAACCAUCAUCUAAAGCCUCUCCACACGAAAGAGAGCAACUCUGGCUAGAGACACGACACCAACAAUAGCUUGUGCUUUUUUUUCUACAAUUUUGUGAAGAGGUCAUCUUUUAAGACCAAUGGACAUCUAUUUGAUGAAAGCAAGUCACAUGGCUUUCAUCUUCAGGAUGGGAUCAGGUGUGGAAAUUAUGGAGUUCUGUUUUCAGUUUUUUUGCGGAACGAGCAGUUCCUGGGGUGUUGCUUUGUUUCUUUGCUUUGUUUCAGUUCAUCUGGUUCGAUGUGCCUAGCACAGAUGCAAGACUCGGAUCUGAAGAGACGCUGA